UUGACGCGGAUCUGCUGGGAACCCAGGUGGCUCAACGUACGCUUGAUUAAAAUUAGUACAUUUUGCACACUCGUCUCGCCACUAUAGCCUAAGCAGUGUGCGUGGAAGCUCGUUUAAUCUAGCAUUCACCAGUUUACUAGCUCGACGUUUCCGGAAGGAGCUUUUUUUUUUCUUCAUACUGAAUCGCAGCACAGCUUCAGUUUUCACGUGUUGCGUCAGGAAAUGGUAUGAAAAUGGAGCCUACAGAAGAAAAGUCAGCCCGCUUCCUGUUGGACGCCUCUCUGCUGUACAAGGCAACAUGCCCGGAGCUGUCGCGGUUCCUCCUGCAUGCUCCUCUGAAGGCUAGCGUGAAACCAACAUUCUCCAGUUGGUUGCAGAACACCUCAGUGUGUCUGUACUGUUGCCAGUGGCUGCAGCCCGACAAUCACCAUAUACGGCUGUGGCCCAAGAAACGUCCAUCAGUGCGGGUGCAGAGUGUCCUGCUGAGGAAGGCCAGAGGCAAACGGCUCAGCCUGGCGCAGAGGAAUCUCCUGCACCGCUUCCAAAAGUCCUCCUCAGUACUGAUGGCCACCUGCCAUACUUGCAAUAAGACUUCCAGACACAAAGGGAUGAACAGGGAUUUUAUAGCAACCCUCGCUAAGUCCCACAGCGCGCCGGGGAGUGGCGGCAAACACAGGACCCCUCAGUCCAACGGCAGAUCCAACAUGUCGACCCCCAAGACUCCCGGCAAAGACAAGACACCUGCUCAUACACCUAGGUCGUCCACCUCUUCCAGCACGUCGGGGUCUGGAACCUCGGGCUCAACUUCCUCCUCUAAACCCAAGAACUGGGUUGUCCAGCGUCUCAGCAAGAUUCUACUGCGAGAGGACAGCAAGGGCAGCAAGAAGGGGGGCUUGAAAGAUUUCCUUUCCUCUCUUUGAUUGUCUCCCAAACUCUCUUUGUGGAUACUCUUUUAAAAACAAGGGAGUAGACCCAAGCUGUAACCUAUUUACACCAGGGGCUAAGGGGAAACUUCAGUUACUAAGUUUCCGAGCCGCUAUGGGAAGGGUUACAGUUUGCCCAGCAACACAAAUGUCUCUGGGCUGAUUGGAAUGGCGCUCUGGGAAUCCUGAAUGUAAAACCUGGGGAGCACUGAGCUGAUCAGUUACUACUACACCUUGUACUGUGUCAGAGGGCAGUGUUUCGAUUGUUGUUAUCUAAUUUAACACACGCCUAUUGUAGCCUCCCAAAACGGUGAAGUAACUCAUCGUGGAAUGUUUUGAGGAAUUAAUCAGUAUUUAUCAAAUUACUGAAACAUCACAGAAAUCCCAGCUUCUGUGGUGAUAUUUAUGGCAUGACAUGCUGGUUUACAUGCCAAUAUCUUUUGGAUUUUUUUUUUCUUUUUCUAAAGUUACAGUUAUACAUUUAUAUGAUAAAUGCAUAUAUAACAAAUUUCUAUUCAUACUACAUGAUGUUAAAAGUUUUGUAUGUCUUCAGUUUUUGCCCUGUUCUAGUGGAGAUGUGUCUGUGUAGAUUCAUUUGUUAUAACAUACCGGAGACUUAACAUGUGACAAAUGUGUGUGUGUUUUUCCACUGUUGCCACGUUUUUGUACACGAUACAAAAUGAAACUGUGCUAGUCACCAAUCACUUGCUGUUUACAUUGAACGGGCGCUUCUGCCUAAAAUCUGUACAGAAAGACUUGAUGAUCAGUGUUUUACAUUUGCUUUUGAUACUUUCUUUGGUUGUAUGUUUUUGAACAGUUACACUUCACAUCGUUUUGUUAAGAAUAGGAAUAUUAAAAAUAUAUAUAUCUACAGUAUUUUAUACUGCCUGAUUGCUCACCCUGUUGUAGUUUAGCUGUUCAGUGAACAGUACGUGUUUAAAUCCUGAAAUACCUCACAUUUAUAUUCCACUGUGAUUCUCUUAAAUAAAAACCUUUUCUGUCUGUGAAAA